AAUUCCUAUAUACCGACUAGAAUGUGAAUUUGCCUAACGAAGACUGAUAUAUGUUUAUAAGAAUUUCAAUUAAUUUUAAUGAGAAUUAUUAGAUUAAAAAAUGUUUCAGUCUAGAGCAAUGCCUAAAGUUAUUGGGCUAUUCGCUCUCUCAAUUUUUCUUAUAACGUCCCUAGUAUUAUUAAGUGUCUACCAUAAAGAAAUUCUGCAUAUUAUCUUACCCAUUGCUAGAAACCUCUCUCAUCACCGAUUCUCAUUUCUGAUCCCGCUAUGCAUGAUUGCUGCGUCUUCAGUUCCUCCAUUAGCUGGGCAGGAUCCUAUAUCUAUUGUUGUAGGAGCUGUAUGGGGCCUUAACGUCGGAUUUUGCACCGUUGUCUGCGGUAUCUUUCUUGGAGAAUCAAUUGCCUUUCUAGGAUAUCGCUACUUUUUAGAAGAGAAAGCUCAGGAAUUCCGAAGUCGACAUCAAGAGCAUUAUGGCACAUUUGUCAAGAUCCUUGAAGAAGGAAGCUACCCUCUUAUCUGGCUAAUUCGCCUUAGUUUUCUGCCUACUCAUUUUACCACUGUCUUCUUUGCUACUAUUCCCCAAGUAUCUUACGUCGGCUGGUCAAUCGCAUUUUGGUUCUCUUGUUUCAAAUACCUUGUUCCUGUGUAUGCUGGAGUAUGUUUAGCAGCCAACACUUCCACUCCGGCAAAUGUUAUCGGGAUAGUUCUAAGUGGUGUAAUCACUGUUGGCACCUUCCUCCUAAUUGUGUACAGAUAUCAAAAAUUAAAGGAAUAUCAGCCUCCGAUUGCUCGUCCAGCUAGUCGAUCUACGGAGUUAAACGCUCUGGAAUCCCAGCAGUCUGAGUCUGAACAAAACGAGUACACAUAUGAAUAUGACAGAGCUGCCCGUGAACGUGAUCACUUACUUUCAUCCAAGUUUGCAUAAGCUGAAAGCUGGCUGCUUUUUUUGCUCCAAUUAUCAGGUCAUUCAGCAUAUCCUUUUUUGUAUGUUACGUUAGUUUAUACGCUUACAAUCCAAAAGCAGUGACACCAUCUAGUAAAAGGGAACUCAAUAUGAUCAAGUUAACCGUUUUGUUCUCUAUACUUUUCUACAUUCAUGGCCAGUUUUCUAUACUAAAGAUAUAGUUAAGAUUAAAUAAGAUGUAGUUCUAUAUCGUCUUUCUCAUUAAAAUCUUAUUGAUUGUGAUUAUUCUUAACGGAAACGUAAAUAUAUCAUUCCAAAGAGGACGAAAAGGAUUGAAUCCUUUCAAAGCAUUACUCCAAAAUUAUCAUCACAAAUGGCUUUUAACUCUUUGAGCUAUUGUAAACCGUCGUUUAGUUUCAGAAAG